UGGGAAACGAAAAGCUUUCAAGUCCACUCAUGCAGCAGCAGCAGUGAAAGUGAAGGACAGGCAGCACAGACAUUUAACCUGCACUUGUUCAAGAUAUUGAUUAGCUGCAUUUUGUCAGUUGUGAGAAUGGUGGUUUAAGCCUAUGCAUUUUUUGUGUGUGUUUGGAUUGCCAUUUUUUAAACUCCACUGACUUUAUCAAGAACAGUAAAGAGCAAAGAUGAUUGAGCUGGGCCUCCCUGAUGGCAGCCUGAUUGAUGAGUUGAUGGAGCUGACAGCACAGAGCCUCAGUCACCUGGAAAUCCAAGAACACUUCAACAUCAUCAAAGAGAUCGGACGAGGGAAAUACGGGAAAGUGCUCCUGGUUACACAUCGCUUUAGAGGGACUCCCAUGGCAUUGAAAGUGAUGCCCAAAACUUCAACUAAGCUGCAGGGCUUUCUGCGAGAGUACUGCAUCUCCUUGCACCUGUCCUGCCACCCCUGCAUUGUGGGUCUCUUUGGCAUUGCCUUCCAGUCUAAUGAGCAUUACUGCUUUGCCCAGGAGCUGAUCAUUGGAAGGGACCUUUUUGCUGUCAUUCAACCAAAAGUGGGUAUCCCAGAAUCCUCAGUAAAACGCUGUGUUCUUCAGAUCGCCAGUGCUUUGGAGUUCAUCCACAGCCAUGGCUUGGUCCACCGUGAUGUGAAGCCUGAAAAUAUCCUUCUGCUGGACAAUCUCUGCUGCCAGGUCAAGCUGGCGGACUUUGGCCUUGCCCAGAAGAGAGGAACCCUGAUACGUUUUAUCACAGGAAUCCUUCCCUACAUGUCCCCUGAACUUUGUUCUGUAGCUCUGCCCGAGGGCCAGAAAGAGGUGACUGCUCCACCUCUGAGUGUGGAGCCAAGUCUGGACACCUGGGCAUUUGGCGUGGUUAUCUUCUGCAUCCUCACAGGCUACUUCCCCUGGGAACGCUGUGUGGACUCGGAUGACUUCUACGAGGAGUUUGCAGACUGGUGGAAAAUGGAAGAGCGAUCUAACGCUGAGGAGGACAUCCCUCCUUUGUGGAAAAGGUUCACUCCAGAAGCCAUGGAGAUGUUUGGUAAGCUCCUGGCUCUGGAUGCAGGAAAAAGGUGUUCAGUAGGAGAUGUGAGAGCAUAUGUGGAGAAGGACUGGCUGAAGAAGGUGCCAGGUAAUGAUCAGCAGUAAAAGUUGGGGAAAAAAGUAAAAAAAGAAAGCAGCUCUCCCUGGAUUUUAUAGUUCCUUAUUGCUUAAAAACAUUAAAAAUAUAUGAUGUAGCUCAAAGCCAGCAUGUGGUUUGCAGUGAUAAAACAGUUUUUAGUAUCAUUCUGAUGCCUUUGUCCUUGUGUAAAAGUAAUGUCUUUUUGUAUAUGAGAUGAUACAGACUGUAUGUCAAAAUACAUGUGUACCUUAUUGGACAUGCAGUAUAUUUGAGGUUCAGUAGUAUAGCACAUAGACUGUGCCUGCAGACACAGAGUUGAAUUUUUGUUUGAAUUUACUGUAAGUCCACCAGACUUACAAAUGACCUAAUAAUUUCUCAACAGGUUCAUCUAUGAAAUUUAUGUUUGAUUACUGCAAAAACAGCAUAAAAUGAGAAAACAGAUGCAAAACAAUAAAAAAGGAGGGAACAGAGAUGGUUCCAGAGAAACAAUGAGUGACAUAAACAAAACAAUUAAUGCAAAGUUACAGCUGUUGCUGCAGAGUGCUUCUAGUUUUUCAUACACUGCUUUUGUAUUUUCACUUAGUUUCUGUGAAAUAAACAAUGACAUGGUGUAAUAAUGAUAAAGACCACAUGAUUUUUCUUUAUGUUCUAUGUAAAAACUAAACAUUUAAAAAGUGUGUGUACCCAGCAUGCAAAAAUAUACAAUUCAUGAUUAUAUGUUCUGUAGUUACAUGGUUAUGUAUCUUAUGUACAAAGAGAAAACCCAAGAAGCUGAUUCUGUUUAUCUGGACGUAACGUUUUCAGCGGGAUAAACAUUUCAUCACUUAUUCAAAUGAAUGAAACUAGCACCACUGACGAUCACUAAUAUGCAAAUUGUCAUGGUCAUGAGUACCAUCCACAGAGAGACAUCUUUCACCAUCUUACAAUGUUGUGAUUGCAGCUCUCGGCUCAAAUACACACAGUUACAUAAAACAGAUCAAAUUCAUAACCUCACAAGUCAUUUUUUGUCCCCCGCCUGUCAUACUUUAUUGACCUUUCUUUAACAAGGUUACAUUGCAUAAUCUCAUGCAGCUUGUUCUCCACUGAUGGAUGUCUCGCUGUUGCUGUUGCUGUUCACGUACACGGGACACCAGUGUUGCUUUCAGACUGGAAUGUUUCAGGAUCUGAGGAUGGAAGAACCAGAUUGACCUGAGUCCUUAAUGUGCUUUUCCAACUCAUGCUUUACUAUAUUUUUAGGACAUUACACAAACUGGGGUCUUCUUUCAGUUCCCUCUGGGACCCAAGUGCACUUCCAGGCCUGUCAUACAAAAACUAAUACAGGCAGUGUAUUAGUAGAAAAGCCGGUGGAGGAAUUUGGCUCACUGACUGUAGAGUGGUGUGAAAAAG